ACCAAUCUGCGACGCCUUCACGGUUUCCAUGGGUCCACUGACAACAACUGCUCCUUUUCUGUAUGCUAGCUAACUAGCUAGUUUGCGAUUCAAAGAGACAGACUGUAUCAAACUUUUGAAAUCUGUCUUUGUCGUUUGUGAAUGGUCGUUUUAGCGAAAUAGGAACAAGUAUUUGGAUUUUUAACGAGUUUGUAAGCUAGGCUAACUUCUUCGACGACAGAAAGCUUAUUUAUGCUAGCGUUGGCUUGCUAAUCUAGCAAGAAGGAGCACGAAGAGCCAUUACAAACAACAGACAAAAACAAACAGUUUCCAAGAUGAGCGAACAGCUGAAAUUCAUUGUCGAACAACUUAACAAGGAGCCAUUCAAGAAGAACUUCAACCUCAUCACGUUUGACACCCUGGAACCGAUGCAACUGCUGCAGAUUUUAAAUGAUGUUUUGGCUGAAAUAGACCCAAAGCAAGCUUUAGACAUCCGUGAAGAAAUGCCCGAGCAGACUGUGAAGAGGAUGUGUGCUCUGCUGGGGAUGCUGAAAUACAAACCUCCUGGCAACCUCUCUGAUGUGACCAGCUUCAGACAGGGUCUGGUGACUGGCAGCAAGCCUCUGAUUCACCCAAUACUUCACUGGCUGCUGCAGAGAGUCCCUGAGCUGAAGAAGAGAGCGUACCUGGCUCGUUUUCUGGUUAAGCUUGAGGUGCCAGCAGAGUUUCUGCAGGAUGAUGUCAUCAAUGACACCUAUCACCAGUAUGAAGAGCUGGUGGAAGGAUUUAAGACAUAUCAUAAGGAGUGUGAGCAGCUGAGAACUUCGGGCUUCUCCACUGCUGAAAUCAGAAGGGACAUUAGUGCCAUGGAGGAAGAGAAAGACCAACUAAUCAAACGUGUGGAGCGGCUGAAGAAGAGGGUGGAGUCGGUGUCCAACCACCAGAGGAUGCUGGAGCAGGCCAGACAGCUGCGAGUGGAGAAGGAGAGAGAGGAGUCACUGACUCACCAGAAGCAGGAACAGAAGAAUCAGCUGUUCCAGGCAGAGCAGAGAUUGCUGAGAUCGCAGCAGCAGUUGAAGGAUAUGCGACAGGCAGCAACAGAUGCCAAUCCAGAGAGCUUAAUGAAGAGACUUGAAGAAGAGAUCAAAAUCAACUCCUACAUGGUCUCUGAGAAACUCCCCAAAGAGCUGGAGGGAAUGAGGCGUACAGUGCAGUACCUGCAGAAAGUGGCAUUGGAGCCUGCGAUGGGCCAGGCUGAUCUCCAGGAGCUGGAGGACAAGAUUAAAGAGGCUGAUUGUCAGAUAAACCAUCUGAUUGAGAAGAGAAUGAUGAGAAAUGACCCCAUGGAUGACAACCUGACACUGUACAGGCAACAGGCCUCCAUCAUCAUUCGCAGGAAAGAGUCAAAGGCGGAGGAGCUUCAGGAAGCGAGAGAGGAGCUGGCUGCAGCAGAGAGGGAGCUGAGGCAGCGGAGCAGCCAGGCACAAGGCUCAGAUGGGGAGGAGGUCAUCCGUGGUGAUGAGCUAAAACGUUUGCUGGUGAAACUGCGAGGCAAGGGAACAGUAUACAAGAAGAAGCGUCAGGAAAUUGCUGAGUUGAAAGCAGAAUAUGGAGUCUUGCAGCGGACUGAGGAGAUUCUGAAGCAGAGACAUGAGACUGUGCAACAGAAACUGCAAACUAUGGAAGCUGAGAAAGGCAUCUCUGGCUACAGUAACACUCAGGAGGAGCUGGAGAGGGUGUCGGCCAUGAAGAGUGAGCUGGAUGAAAAGAAAGGCCGCACUCUGGAUGACAUGUCUGAAAUGGUGAAGAAGUUAAACUCAAUGAUUGUAGAGAAGAAGUCAGCCCUGGCACCAAUUAUAAAAGAACUGAGGUCGCUGAGACAGCAUUGUCAGGAGCUAAGCCAAGAGUAUGAGGAAAAAAAGGCACAAUAUGAAAGUUGUGCUGCUGGUUUGGAGAGCAACAGAUCUAAACUGGAGCAGGAGGUCAAAGCUUUGAGGGAAGAGAUGGGACAGAAGGAAAACCGAUACCAUUAUAUCAACUCAAUGUCAGAGAUCAUUGAGAUGCAAAUGCGGCGGGCAGCUGAAGAGAUGAAGGCCUACGUGUCCUCUGAUCCACAAGAAAGGAAGAAGGCUAUCAGGGAAGUGUACAUGAAGAACAUUUCAGAACAGGAGUUACUUGGCAAGAAGUUACGUGAGGAGCAGAAGAUGGUGAGAGAUAGCCAUAGCACCAACAUGGAGCAGAUGAAGAUGUGGUGUGACUUGGAGCAACUGAUGGAGUGCAAGAGGCAGUGCUUUAUAAAGGCUCAGAGCCAGGUGUCUAUUGGGCAGGUCAUCCAGGAGGGAGGGGAGGACAGGCUGGUGCUGUAAGGACACAUCAACAGCUGGUUGCCCACUUUACAUUCACUACACUGAGUAAAACUGAACGUUUUACAUAUUCCUGUAACAGGUCUAAAUCUUUUUUAUAAUUCUAAUUUUUAUUGUAUAUAAACUGUUACUGGACACUUUCUAGAGUUUCUCUCAGUGUUAAUGGGUUUUAUUUUUCCCCUCCAUCUUUUUUGUUCCUCAGUCAUAGUUCAUCUUGUGCAGAACCAGACUAACGCCUGGUGAUGACACAGUGUAAGAUGAUUUGUGAAUCCACUACUUAAAGGACACAGGGCAAGGGUUUCCUCUUUCUCUGGCCCGUGGGAGACUCCUUUGUGAUACAUCUUUAAGAAUACACUUUCAAUCGAAGUGUCCAAACAUAACAGUGUACAAAGUGCACUUUGGGAUGUGGCCCCGGUCAACUAUUUUUGGUGUCUCUAACCACGACCUUGGAAAAGGAUUGGGAUUCCAAUUUUGGAAUUCACUUGGACCUCCAAUGCUUUGGACAGUACAGAUGAAAUGAUCAUCUUCAUCUGCUUGUUGAAUCAUUGAACAGAUUCACGAUAACCUUUGACAUUUCAGGCAUUUAUUAUUAGAUAUUUGGAUUGUCUAUAUAUUUCUAUUAAAUAUAUAUUUUGUUUGUUUUGA